AGUCGUCAUACGUACGACCAUACAUUUGCUUCUCGGACAACACACUUUUUGCAUUUACUUUUAAAAUGUCUCAAGGAAGAGGAAGAGGUUUUAGCGUUACCACCUCUAGAGACGGACAAAGAUAUAUUGGAGAUCAUAACAACAGAGGCUAUCAAGGGGGUGGUGGAGGCUACCAGGGGCCUCAGAGGAGGGGAGGCGCCUCACACAGGCGGGGUGGCAGAGGCUGGAGGGGAGGAAGAGGUAGAGGGCGCGGAGGUGGUGGUCCCAACCCUCUGUCUCGGCUGGAGGAUGAAGAAGGGGAUGUUGACAUGGGCAGUGGUGGAGGCUCCUCUAUGACCCAGAACAGAUAG